UUAAAAGGACAAACUGAAGACAGAAAAAGAGGAAUCUGUUCAGAAAAGAACCAGCUGGAUGGACUUUGAACUGACUGCUGAAUCUCUGAGAUGAGCUGGAAGAAAAGUGAGCCGGUGCAUCGGAAGGAAACUUGGUGACUCUUCACAAUCUGGACUCUCUGCAUUUAUGGUUACAUGAAUGUCAGCGCCGCGGGCCAGAUGCCGGUGAUGGAGGAGCUUGUCAGUGAGAGUGACAGCAUGCCAAAGCGGAUGGCUCUGAUCUGCUUCCUGUCUCUGGUCAUGUUGAUGAGCAUCCUGGGAAACCUGCUGGUCAUGGUGGCUGUCUGCAAGGACAGACAACUCAGGAAAAUCAAGACCAACUACUUCAUCGUGUCUCUGGCGUUCGCCGACCUGCUGGUGUCGGUGCUGGUGAUGCCGUUCGGAGCCAUCGAGCUGGUCCAGCAGCACUGGAUCUACGGCGAGACGUUCUGCCUCGUGCGGACGUCGCUGGACGUCCUGCUGACCACUGCGUCCAUACUGCACCUGUGCUGCAUCGCCCUGGACAGGUACUACGCUAUCUGCUGCCAGCCGCUGGUCUACCGGAACAAAAUGACACCCAUGCGAGUGGCGUUGAUGAUCGGUGGCUGCUGGGUCAUUCCCACUUUCAUUUCUUUCCUGCCCAUCAUGCAGGGCUGGAACAGCAUCGGCAUCGUCGAGCUGAUUAACAAGAGGCGCUACCAGGACGGGGGCAACUCCACCUCCUGUGUCUUCAUGGUCAACAAGCCAUACGCCCUGACCUGCUCCGUGGUGGCCUUCUACAUCCCGCUGGUCCUCAUGGUGCUGGCCUACCAGAGGAUCUACAUCACGGCUCGGGCGCACGCCCUGCAGAUCAGCAUGCUUCAGCGGGCGGGCGGAGCCGGCGCCUCCUCGUCCGGCGCCAGCGGCGGCGUCGGGGCGGGCGCCUCGUCAGACUCUGCGGACCAUCAGCGCAACCACCGCAUGCGAACUGAGACUAAAGCCGCCAAGACUCUGUGCAUCAUCAUGGGGUGCUUCUGCCUCUGCUGGGCGCCGUUCUUCGUCACCAACGUGGUGGACCCCUUCAUCGGGUACACGGUGCCCGACAAGCUGUGGGUGGCCUGCCUGUGGCUGGGCUACAUCAACUCCAUGCUCAACCCCAUCCUCUACGCCUUCCUCAACAAGUCCUUCCGCCGUGCCUUCCUCAUCAUCCUGUGCUGUGGGAGGAAGAGGUAUCGCAGGCCGUCCAUCCUCGGGUCGGGCGCGCCGUGCACGGCCACGCAGAUCAACGGCUCCACACAUGUACUCAAGUAUUCAGUUCUUCAGAACGGGAACCACACAGAGCAGAAGAAGUCUCUGCACACAGAGUCCCACGAGUCCUGCUUGUGACCAACAUGACUCCAGAGUCGCGUUUUCCACGGCCCCGGCCGCCACCGCAUCACCGGCGAGCCGAUGGAAACUCACCGCAGCCUUCACGCAUCGGAAGCCGAGACACGACCCGGCAGAACUCCAGACCGGAGCUCCGGGCGGGCUUCGGAGGAUCUGAAAAGGACAUUACCAGGAAAGUGGAGGGUAUCUGGUUUCUCAGCUCAACCCAAACUUCACUCGUGGUCUGCUAAAUGUGUGAAAACCAGUUCUGAUUUGUCUGUGUCGGUGAAUCAAACUCAAAUCAGAACCAAACUGUGGAGUCCAGUGUGUCUGGUGGAGCUGCUUCUGGUUUCCUGGAGGAUCUCUGUGGUGAACGACUCUACCGAGGAGACGGGAAGUGUGUUAAGUUGCCAAAGUUAUUUGAUACAGUGGACCUAUUUCUGUUUAUGACCACAUGCUACCUGUUGUUCUUUUUUUCAGUGAAAAGUCAAAAGGAUUGAUUUUAGAUUUUGUCGCUCCUCAAGUUGGAAAAUUAGCCUUUAAAAACCGAGACAAAAUGCAGAGCUUUAGGGGAAAAAAUAAUUGUUCAUGUGUUAAACAUCAUUUUUGUUCAAGUUGAAAAAUGCUCUGAUUCCCUCCCAGUUUGAACUUUCGAUGCUUUGCUAACUUCUCAUUGAAGACCUCAUGAAAUGAUGUCCAAGUGAUAAUUAUUUCUGGAUAUUUCAGAAAUUCCUGAAACCCAAAAAACACUUUAAAGUCAGUUUUUUUAGUGCUAUAUUAUGCUGGUCGUGCGCGAAA